AUGACAGUUCCUUCCAUAUUUUCCAUCAAAUCUAGUAUGUCCCUUCCAGUCCUAAUCACUUCAUUUCUUUUGUUACUCAUUUUCACCAUAGCCAAACAAGAAGAUCAACAAGACAACUAUUACUACUAUUACUCAGAAAGAACUGCCCUUUACUCUCUAAAGGCAGUUCUCAACCAUCACUUCCUCAACAAAGUCUGGUCUGGUCCCCACUGCAAUUUAAGUACCCCAAUAUGGUACGGAAUCAAGUGCUCAAAUGAAGGCCACGUGGCAGAAUUAGUGUUGGAAAACAUGAACUUAAGUGGACGUAUUAGCUUAAACGCAUUUGUCAAAUUGACUGACUUGUCUACUCUAAGCUUCAAAAACAAUUCUCUGAGUGGUACUUUAAUGGAGUUUGGUUUGAACCCGAAACUGACGCGAAUUGAUCUUUCUCGAAACUUAUUUACCGGAGAGAUUCCGAUCUCGGUCUUGGGACUCUUGGGAUUGGUGUCGUUUCUUGUGGAGGAAAACUCGCUGACGGGACCGGUCCCAGCGUUUAAUCAAACUAGCUUAAGGGAAUUCAACGUCUCCUACAACAAUCUCAGUGGUGUUGUCCCUUUAACUCCGUCCUUGGAACUUUUUGGCUCUGAUUCAUAUGCAGGAAAUAAUGAACUCGACUACUCUUCCGUUGUGUCUCAUGCUCAAAACGCCACCACCCCCUCGUCUACGACUGAAGAUUAUUCAUCAUCAUCCAACGACAAUAAGAAGAAAUCGUACACGAAGUAUUUGCUUCUUUUGAAUGUAGUUUUGGUAGCGGUGGUGGUUCUCAUGGUGGUUUUGUACCUUAGGAAACGGAAAAAGCUCAAGAAAAUAAUUAAAGAUAGGACCAAACAAGGUGGAGAAUCGAAAGAGGGAGCUAACAAUAAUGAUCAACGAAUCGUGAUCAAAAGUGAGGGAAAUGAAAAUAUCAAUCAUCAAAUAAUCAAGACCGUUGAAGUGAAAAAAGCUAGUGCUAGUACUAGUACUGGUGCUGAUAUUGAAAAAAGAUUAACAAAAACGAAUCAGAAGAAGAGCAUUGGAGGAGAAGGAAGUGAAGGAAGUGAAGGUAAGCUUAUGUUCCUUGGUGGAGAUGAUGAGGUGGAAGAGAGGAGUUUUGCGAUAGGUGAUCUGCUGAAGGCGUCGGCGGAAGGGUUGGGACAUGGGACGUUUGGGAACUGUUAUAAGGCGAUGAUUAUGGAAGAGAAGGUGGUGGUGGUUAAGCGGUUGAAGAACUUGAAGCCUUUGGCUGAUGAGGAAUUCAACAAGAAACUUCUUCUGGUUGCUAGCCUCAAACACCCUAAUUUGCUUCCUGUUAUGGCUUAUUACAACUCCAAGAAUGAGAAGUUGUUGCUCUAUAAGUAUGUCGAGAGAGGCAACCUCUAUCAACGAAUUCAUGGAGCCAAAGGUGAAAGAGGGCGAAUUCCAUUUCGAUGGGGCUCGAGAUUAAACGUUGCACGUGGGGUAGCACGUGCCAUAGAAUAUCUACACCUAAACACCUCUUCCCAAGUUACAGUCCCCCAUGGGAACCUAAAGUCCACAAACAUUCUUCUCGGCUGGAACGACACCGCUUUGGUAUCCGACUACGGCCUUGCUUUCCUGAUCAUUGCACCUGCCGUCGUGAUUCAACGCACCGUUUCAUACAGAUCGCCAGAGUACAAGUCGACGAGGCGAGUUUCGAAGAAGACCGACGUCUGGAGCUACGGCUGCCUCCUCUUGGAACUCUUGACCGGUAAAGUGGCAGCCUACACUGCACCCGCCGGAGUGAAAGGAGUGGACCUGUGUAGUUGGGUCUACAAGGCGGUGCGAGAAGAGUGGACGGCGGAGAUUUUCGAUGGAGAGAUAGCCGUGAAUAGAAGAAGCGCCGUGCCUGGAAUGCUGAGGAUGCUGGAGAUUGCCUUGAAUUGUAUUGAGAAGUCUCCGGAGAAGCGUCCCCAUAUGUCGGAGGUGGUGAGAGAGUUGGAAGAGAUUCAGUUUGUUGAUCAGUCUGAAGACGAUGAUGGUCCGUAUACCUCGAUGGAACGAUCCUACACUACUGAUGAUUCCAUUUCCAUCACCGUGUAG